AUGUUCAGCCUAAAGGACAUCGAGAUGAUGACACGUGGCGAAGUGGAGUCAGGCGAUCCAGAGAUGGGGCGAGAUCGGCAGGCGGGGGAGCCUGUAGUGGCGGGAAAGCCUGGAGUGGCGGCGGAGCCUGGAGUGUCGGGGGUGCCUGAAUCAUCAGAGGAGCCUGGAGUGGCGGAGGAGCUUGGAGUGGCGGAGGAGCUUGGAAUGGCGGGGGAGCCUGGAGUGGCGGGGCAGCCUGGAGUGGCGGAGGAGCCUGGAUUGGCGGGGGAGCCUGGAGUGGCGGAGGGACCUGGAGUGGCGGGGGAGCCUGGAGUGGCGGAGGAGCCUGGAGUGGAGGGGGAGCCUAGAGUGGCGAGGGAGCCUGGAGUGGCGGAGGAGCCUGGAGUGGGGGGGGUGCCUGGAGUGGGGGUCGAGCCUGGAGUGGCGUGGGAUCCUGGAGUGGCGAAGGAGCCUGGAGUGGGGGGGGUGCAUGGAGUGGGGGUCGAGCCUGGAGUGGGGGGGGAGGCCCUAGAGACUAGGGAGUGUGGUUCAUCGGAGGAGCCUGGAGUAGAGGGGGAGCCUAGAGUGGCGAGGGAGCCUGGAGUGGCGGGGGAGCCAGUAGUGUUGGGGGAGAAAGGCGUGGCGGGGGAGCCUGGACCGUUGGAAAAUGCCACUUCACGUCGUACCCCAAGGUGGCAGGAGAGGAAAACUGGGAAGCGGAAAUGUGCUCAAGAGGGGUGUAGCAGUGAGGACACGGAGGGUGAAGUGGCCGAUGUGACUCCCUCACAUUCAUUCCCUCCCUUCCCUCACAUUCAUACCCUCUGCCCUCCCAUUCAUUCCCUCCCUUCCCGCCCAUUCAUUCCCUCUGUCCUCACCUUCGUUCCCUUCUUACAUCACAUUCAUUCCCUCUGCCGUGCCAUUCGUUGCCUCCCUUCCCUUCCCGCCCAUUCAUUCCCUCUGUCCUCACCUUCGUUCCCUCCUUACAUCACAUUCAUUCCCUCUGCCGUGCCAUUCGUUGCCUCCCUUCCCGCCCAUUCAUUCCCUCUGUCCUCACCUUCGUUCCCUCCUUACAUCACAUUCAUUCCCUCUGCCGUGCCAUUCGUUGCCUACCUUCCCUCACAUUCAUUCCCUCCGUUCCCUCACAUUCAUUCCCUCUGCCCUCACAUUCAUCCCCUCCCUUCCCUCACAUUCAUUUUCUAUCCGAUCUCACCUCCCCUCCAUAUUGUGAACCCUUCAUCCAUGCCUUCACACCCCUUCCACCAUCUGCCAGAAAUUCCAUUCUCCCCGUUCCAUCUCUGUCCUUUCCAUCUCCACCCUUUCCCCCGAUUCGUCUCCUCCCCUCUGCACCGCAUGCCAUGUGCUCUCUUUCCCCUCAUCUCAGCACCUCCCUUUCCCCUAAACCCAUCUCCUACGCCGUCCCCCCAUGCCACCUCAUCCCCCUACGCACCUAUCUUCCCCGUUUGCUCUCUCCUCCUUUCUCCCUCUGAACUCUCCUCCUUUCCGCUUUGCUAA